GCAGUUCACCUGAUGAGUCGUGCGUCUUCUUCCUGCUUCCCACUUCCCGCUUCAACGUCCGCUUUCCGCUUUCCGCUUUCCGCUUCCACGUCUGAAGCGGAAAACCGUUGAAGCUGCGGUUGACAUGAGUUGUACGUUGCUCGAACGCACGCCACAUUGCUGCCACGUGUGCAGGCGUGCGCUAUCGAUCUCCUCACGCCACAUUGCUGCCACUUGUGCAGGCGUGCGCUAUCGAUCUCCUCCUGAGGAGAAGGAGAAGGAUAGGAGGAGGAAGGCGAAGAAAGGAGGGGGUAUAACAGCAACAGCAGCAGCAGGAGGAGGAGGAGGAUCUAGGGGGGGAGAGGAGGAGGUAGCGGAGGUGCAAGUCGACGGGAUGUCGUCGUAGUAGGAGGAGGUUGGGGAGAGGAGGUUGGGGAGCCAAAGAGGGAGCCACCGGAGGGAAUGCAAAACAAAAACCCAAAGAAGGAAAAGGAAGAAGCAACCUUCCUGGCAUCUUGAGGAAGUGAGAACCACAAAAAAAAAAAAAAAAAAAAAAAAAAAAAAAAAGAGAGAGAGAGGAGGAAGAGGAAGGAACCAACCUAUAUCAGGGGAGAAAGGAGAGAGGAGGAAGGUGUUCAAGAAGGAGGAAAAAAAACUGAGCGUGCCGCGGUGAUGGCGGUGGCUUCGUCGUCUCUUUUUCGGGAUCGUCUUGUGCUUGAUCUGGUUCGUGCAAAGGGUAGAGUGAUCGAGAUCAGCCAUACAUCGACGGUCAGGGAGGCGCUUCAGAAAAUGCUGGCCACCGAUAUCUUGGCCCUUCCAGUGUAUGCUCCACCGGGAGAAUGGGCGGGGGCGGGCGGCUCGAAUGUGAUCACAUCAGGGGACGUGCUGGCAGGGACCCCGACCAGACAGUACAUUGGUAUGAUAAACAUGGUGGACAUAAUGAUGCAUUUGUCAGAUAACAGACGGGAUCCCGACUGGGCACUCAACGCGCCAGUCACGGCGGUAAUUGGACAAUCCAUCGAAGGGCUAAGCCUGUGGGUUGCGGCACCGACCACGACGGUGUAUGAAGUUAUGGAGCUGUUUAGCAGAGGCGUUCAUCGAGUACUCGUGCCUAUAAGUGACAAGCCAAGUGAUGCUCGCAUGGAGGGGGCGAUGGAUAGGGGCACAUCUUCCCCCACAGGCAGCGGUAGAAGCUCCUUUUCCAAGGAUGUCCAGAGAUCAGCACGACAUAUAUCUGCAGGCGGUAAUAUCCAUGACAUGCAAACGGUGUGGGUCGAUCAGGAUGGGGGUAAGGAUGAUCGUCGCGGAUGUGACUCAAGUGGUUAUUCGGCAUUCAGGUUCUGUUCGCAGACUGACGUGUUGCGAUUCCUGUUGCAGAAUUCGGACGAGCUGGGGGCGGUUAUGUCACGUACUAUCGAGAGUCUGGGAUUGAGGCAACGAUCGGUGUUUGCAGUGCCGUCGGACAUGAGGGUGUCAGAAGCUAUACAGUGCAUGAGACAAGCGUCGUUGUUGGCAGUUGCUGUCGUGGCAGCAGCGGAGGACAUCAAAGACCCAGGCAUGCUCGUACAAGGACAGGGAAGGAAGCUUGUUGGCACUUUGUCGGCUAGCGAUCUACGUGGAUGCAAUGCUGACGUGCUAAAAGCCCUCCCGAUGUUAACGGUUGACGAGUUUCUGACAAGAAUGGCAUUAGCCAAGACUCUUGGCAUAGCUCGUGUCUUUGGGUUGAAGCCUGGGCAACUGCACUGCACGUCAACGAACGAAGCAGAGUCUGAUGCACUGCAAAUCGAGGGAUCAGAAGACGGACAGAAUGCGGAGAAGAACAUGGAGGCUGCUGCGUUGCACGUGGGCCACGUGGACAGUCAACAGCUACCGCUCAAAACGCAGAACAUCCGGUCAUCAGACCUGCCGGGAACGUUAAGUUCUCGAAAUGAAAACGAGGGGGAGGAGGAGGAUGAGGAAGGAGAGGCAUGGUCUUCGUCUGCCCCUGCUUGUGUUCCUCUCGAUGCGUCGAAGGGACAUGCAAAAAUCGCAGACGUCAGACCCUCUGUCACAUGUCUGCGAUCCUCCACUUUGGGGACUGUCAUGGCUCAGGCUUUGGCAAACCGAGUGCAUAGGGUGUGGGUUGUCGAUGAUGAUGACCUCCUGGAGGGGAUAAUGUCACUCUCUGAUAUGAUCCGUGGUGUGCGAGUGCAUGUAGAUGCUGCCACUGUUCCAGGGUUUACCAGUGGGAGAUUGUGAGAGCAAGAGAGCGAGAGGAAGAUGCCCUUCUCGAGGGGAUGUAAAACGUCGC